GCAGAAAAAGGAAAGAAAAACCAGCACCGCUCCAAAGUACACUCGAAGGAUUUGAAAAAGGAUUCCCAAUUUAAAAGCAUUACUGUGGCCCUUUAAGGCUCAUGAACCUAGGAUUUCCAAGGGGAGUCAUGGGCAAGGCAGUUUUGGCAUGAAUGCUUUGCAGUUUUGGGUGAGCUAGGAACCGAGUGUUGUCGCCCUGCAAUUCUUCUGGAGAAAGAAGCCGUGAGUGCUGUGCUGGGUUUGAAAGAUCACAGUUCUUAACCAAAGGAACAUAUGGCUCUGUUAAGGAAAAUUAAUCAGAUCUUAUUAUUCCUACUUGUUUUGACCAUCUGUGUCAUUCUGUAUAAUAAAGUUCACAAGGUGCCAUCUACAUUAAAUAAUGAAACAAUUGAUUUGGAGAGUCCUGAGGAAAUGGAAGAAGAAAUUCCAGUGGUGAUAUGUGCUGCUGCGGGUAGAAUGGGUGCAGCUGUAGCAGCAAUUAGUAGCAUCUACAGCAACACCGAUGCUAAUGUUUUGUUCUACAUAGUUGGCCUAAAGAACACAAUUCCACAUAUCAGAAAAUGGAUUGAAAAUUCCAAACUGAAAGAAAUAAAGUAUAAAACGGUGGAGUUCAACCCUAUGAUACUAAAAGGAAAAAUAAGACUAGAUGCAUCACGCCCUGAGUUACUCCAGCCUCUGAACUUCGUUCGAUAUUAUCUCCCCCUGCUUAUCCACAAAUAUGAGAAAGUCAUAUAUUUGGAUGAUGAUGUGAUUGUGCAAGGUGACAUCCAGGAACUGUACAACACAAAGCUAGCUCCAGGCCAUGCUGCAGCUUUUUCAGACGACUGUGAUUUGCCAUCUACUCAUGAAAUGGUGAGAAGUGUAGGAAUGCAGAACACAUACAUGGGCUAUCUGGACUACCGGAAGCAAACAAUUAGAGAUCUUGGCAUCAGCCCCAGCACCUGCUCCUUUAAUCCUGGUGUAAUUGUGGCUAAUAUGACAGAAUGGAAGCACCAGCGGAUUACAAAGCAAUUAGAAAAAUGGAUGCAAAGAAAUGUAGAAGAAAACCUCUACAGCAGCACCCUUGGGGGAGGUGUGGCCACCUCUCCAAUGCUCAUUGUAUUCCAUGGAAAAUAUUCUACUAUUAAUCCCUUGUGGCAUGUCCGACAUCUUGGGUGGAGUCCUGAUGCCAGGUAUUCAGAGCAUUUUCUUCAAGAAGCUAAAUUACUUCAUUGGAAUGGAAGGUAUAAACCUUGGGAUUACCCUAGUGUUCAUAAUGACCUAUGGGAAAACUGGUUUAUCCCUGACCCAUCAGGGAAGUUCAAAAUGAUUCGUCCCAAUAGCUGAUACGGAAAGACAUCUAAAAUGUUUAUGCUUUUAAAAAUAAAUCAGUUUCCAGCAAGAUUGUAAUGGAUUAUUCUAUAUCAUAUUUUGCAACACAGUUAAUCUUCUGUGUAAUAUAUGGUAACUAUUGUGUAAAACUGUAUGUGUAACUGAUUUUACAAAAGUAACCCUAAGUAUUUAAGCUUUACCCUAAAAAUAAACUUGUGCUGGUAUAGGGGGGUAAUACAUACAAACUUCAGAUUAGCUUGAGUUUCUAGUAAUACUGUGAGAUAUUAGUUUACUUGAUUAAAAACAUUUUAAGAUGUUUACAAAGAUGAA